CAAAAAUCCAGGAUCCUUUAUCAUUCUCUCUCUAGUCCUCUCUUGCUUUGUCACUUUUCCAUUUUCCACCAUUUUUUUUUUCUCUCAAGAUCCAUUCUCUUUUUCUUUCCCCAUUAAGAGAAGUUAACACAACAUGGCAAAUUCGGCAUCCGGGAUUGCGGUGAGUGACGAGUGCAAGAUGAAAUUCUUGGAGCUGAAGGCGAAGAGGAACCAUAGAUAUAUCGUGUUCAAAAUCGAUGACAUCAUGCAGCAAGUCACAGUCGAGAAAGCUGGCACCGCUUCCGAGACUUAUGAGGACUUUUCCGAAAGCCUUCCGGAAGGUGACUGCCGAUACGCGGUAUUCGACUAUGACUUCACCACCGAUGAAAAUUGCCACAAGAGCAAGAUCUUCUUCAUUGCGUGGUCUCCUGACACGGCAAAGGUGAGGACCAAAAUGCUGUAUGCAAGCUCGAAAGAUAGGUUCAAGAGAGAGCUCGAGGGCAUUCAGGUUGAGUUACAGGCAACCGAUCCUAUGUAUCAUAAGAGGGCCUCUGCUUGUAUUCUGCUUUUAGCUGACUGUUUAUUUAUUAACUACAUAUUGUCUCAAGCUCUACUGGCUCCUGGUUAUUGUUAUAUGUACUGUGCCUGA